AAUUGUUAAAAGCAUCGCUUGACGUGAAGCACCUAUAUAUAGGCUAUAGCGUCGACUACAUAGCAUUGAACAAUUGAAGCGACUCAGGCACGGUAGCCCCGCGCAGCUCGGGAAUUUUUGUAUGAGAAUAUUAACUUUUUGAUUCCUUUGUUACGCGAGAUUGUCGAGGAACAAUAUGGCGAAAGAAAGACGAAAACGUGUACAAACAAAAAGCAUGGUUCAUAUAAGAACCACAGUUUUAUCCAUGGAGUAUAAUGAUAUAGGUAGCCCUGCAAAGAAAGAGCCCAAAUUGGAUAAUAAUAUAAAUAUUAAAAAUAGUAAUUCGGAUGGAACACAUAUAGCAACAGAAGCACACAAACCUACUGUGUCUAUAAGUUCCUUUUCCUAUACACAAAUUGGACAUGUUUCUAAGAGUAAAUCUAUCGAAGAGAGCUUCUAUAGAAGUGAACAUACUAAUGUUAUACAAAGUAAUAGUGUUAGUGAUAUUGAUCACUUUACAACCGAUGAGACACCUGUAGCUGUACCCAUUCAUGGCCCAUCGACACCACACAGGAUAAAUAUGCCAACCAGUCAAGUGGAAGAUUUAGAUGAAAAAACUACAAAUGACAAGAAAGAUAAAGAGCCACUGACCCCUGGAGCUAAUUUGGAGACACCUUUGAAGAAACCUGCUAAUCGUGGCCGUAGAAAAUUGAAUGGCAGUCAAACUGCCGGUCAUCGUCCGAACGAAUCAUUGCAUACUGUUAGAACAAAUCACAAGCUUACCGAUUAUUUUCCAGUUCGCCGUAGCGUGAGAAAAUCAAAGAAAGCUGUAUUAGAAGAGAAGCAACGGGAUAUGGAGAACAAAGUACUCUGUCAAGUGGAGGAGGGUUUAGAGGUAAGACAUUUUCCUGGUAAAGGGCGUGGGGUGGUAACAACACGAGAGUUUACAAAGGGAGAAUUCGUCGUAGAAUAUAUUGGUGAAUUGAUUGACCAAGUACGAGCUAAGAAACGUGAGAAGGUAUAUGCACAGGAUCAAAAUACUGGAUGUUAUAUGUAUUAUUUUCAACAUCGUAAUCAUCAGUAUUGCGUUGACGCGACAGCAGAGACUGAUAAGUUAGGUAGACUAGUAAAUCAUUCAAGAAACGGUAAUUUAGUUGCACGAGUCAUAGAAAUAGGCUCGAAACCUCACCUGGUACUUGCAGCGAAGGAAAAUAUACCAAUUGGAGUUGAAAUUACAUACGACUAUGGUGAUCGAAGUCGCGAAGCUAUUCGCCAUCAUCCAUGGUUAGCGUUAUAG